CGCGGCUGCGGAAGUGCUGCUGCCCCCGACCCGCCAGGGCAGGGUGACCUUUGAGGACCUGGCUGUGUACUUCUCCUCGGAGGAGUGGGAGCUCCUUGAUGAGGCUCAGAGACGCCUGUACCACGAUGUGAUGCUGGAGAACUUGGCACUGAUGGCCUCCCUGGGUUGUUGGCAUGGAGCCCAGAAUGAGGAGGCCCCAUCUGAACUCAGCAGUUCUUUACAAGGAGGGUCCCAGGUCAGGACCUGCAAGGCAGGUGUGUCUCUCCCCGAGGCCCAUCCUUGUGAGCUGUGUGGUGUGGACGUGAGAGACAUUUUGCACUUCACUGGGCACCAUGGGCAGCAAUACACUAAAGAUUUUAACUGCAAACGCAAGCUUGUUCAAGACCAGAGAGUCCUCUCUAACGAAAGAGGCUACAAGUGCAGUGAAUGUGGAAAAUCUUACAGCAAAAGCUAUAGUCUGAAUGACCAUUGGAGAGUUCACACUGGGGAAAAGCCUUAUGAGUGCGGGGAAUGUGGGAAGUCCUUUAGGCAAAGCUCUAGCCUCAUUCAACACCGGAGAGUUCACACUGGAGCGCGGCCUCACAGGUGUGAGUUAUGUGGAAAAUUAUUUAGCAAUAAGUCCAACCUCAUUAAACAUCGAAGAAUCCACACUGGAGAAAGGCCUUAUGAGUGCAGUGAAUGUGGGAAGUCCUUUAGCGAAAGCUCUGCACUCCUUCAACACCGGAGUGUUCACACAGGGGAGAGGCCUUAUGAGUGCAGUGAAUGUGGAAAGUUCUUUACCUACCACUCCAGUCUCAUAAAACACCAGAGAGUUCACUCUGGGUCCAGGCCCUAUGCCUGCAGUGAAUGUGGAAAAUCCUUUACUCAAAAGUCCAGCCUCAUUGAACACCGCAGAGUCCAUAGUGGGGAAAGGCCAUAUAAGUGCAGCGAAUGCGAGAAAUCUUUCAGCCAAAGCUCUGCGCUUCUUCAGCAUCGGAGAGUUCACACUGGAGAAAGGCCUUAUGAGUGCAGUGAAUGUGGGAAAUUCUUUACUUACAGUUCCAGUCUCUUAAAACACCAGAGAGUUCACUCUGGUUCAAGGCCUUAUGAGUGUAGUGAAUGUGGAAAGUCCUUUACUCAAAAUUCUAGUCUCAUCAAACACAGGAGAAUUCACACGGGAGAAAGGCCUUAUGAGUGUAGCCAAUGUGGAAAAUCUUUUAGCCAUAGCUCAAGCCUCAUUAAACACCGAAGAGUUCACACUGGAUAACAGACUUGUGAGUAUUAGAAUGUGGGAAACUGUUACUUUUUUUAAAAUAUAUUUUUGAUUACAGAGAGGAAGGGAGAGGGAGAGGGAGAGAGAGAGAG